UUGUAAUCCGAUGUUUCCCAUUGAGCAAACUUCACAAUUUUUUCAAUGACUUCACAUAAUUUUAUAAGUCAGUAUUCUUCAAUCCUGCUUGGACCAUUGAAGACAUAUACGAUUUUAAAUUCUAACGAAAAAAUAAUCAGUGAUGGAAAAUUUCCUAUAUUAACCUUGAUUAUUUCUAUAUUAUUUUGUGGAAUACUGUACAAAUACGAAAUAAUGGGAUCGAGUGCUACCAUUACCAAAAUAUUUGAGAAUAUCACUAAUUCACCUUCACCCCCCGUAUAUGAUCCAUCAAGCCACCCCCUACCGGCGUCUCACGUGUAUAUUGUAUCCGCAUAUUAUUACCCAAACUCAAAAUCGCUGGGAAAAAAUGCGGUCGCCCUUAAUAUGGUAGUUGAUUCAAAAAACUUUCCUGUUGACAAUGUUGUAUAUUCUGUUAUCGGGUCAAAUGAAACGCAUCGUAUUUUUCUGCGUGCUGAAUCUCAAGUUGAAGGAGUUCCAAGCUGCCGCUAUACCGCAGUUAUGGCAAGAACCAACGCAGUGGAAAACUUGUCUAAAUUUGAAAUGGAAAUUAGCGGUGCAACGGUUGAGAUCCCAUUCAAAAUGGCUCGUUACACUGCCCCUAAACCUGUAAUUGUAUGCAUUUCUCCGCAAUUUGUUGCUGAGCAAUGGCAGAUAUUUUUGAUGCAAGUCCAUGUCACACAUCAAUUUGGUGGACAUCUUCACAUUUAUUUAACAUCUAUCAUUGAAUCAUUUUUCGAACUUAUGCGUGAAUACGAAAAACGCAAGUACUUAACUCUCGAUUACUGGCUGCGAAUGAAAUUUGCUGAAGCAAAGACUCCAUUUUACGAGCCAAAUAGUAAUGUAGAAUGGAGAAAUCAAGCAGGAGCACAAAUUGAUUGUUUGCUGCAAUACAAGGAAGCCGCAGAAUUCAUUGCGUUUUUUGACAUGGAUGACAUUCUGUUCCCAAAAUCCUUUCCAACUUAUUUGCAAGAGUUCAGAGCAGAAUGGCAAAUUGAUCCAAAUAGCAAUUCAAUUUUUUACAGGAGAAGAGAACACGAAUUUAUCAAAGCCAAAUCCUUUGCUGGGUUCAGCUUCAAAGACAUUGUUUCAAAUCUGAGCUCAUCUACCACCGUGAAACGUGGAAAAGUAGUUGUAAAGCCGGAACGAUACAAUUCGACAUGGAUCCAUUAUAGUUAUCACGACGAAAAUCGGCGUGAAAUUGAAUCGCCGAACUUGGUUCAUGUUCAACGACCACUUGAUGAAAACUCGGACAAUGAAAUGACGGAUGUUUGGCAAAUUGAUUUUGGUGCUUUGAAUGAGACUAUACGAUCAUCGGAUAUUGAAGCAAUAGACAGAGACUUAGCCAAAAUAAGAAAAAGCUCGAAAGUUAUGAAAAUUGCCUCCAAAUUGCCGAUGACCGAUUUCUAUCUCCCUAUUGUAUUUGAGUGCUAUUAUAAGUCUUUUUAUGGGCCUGUAUUCGAUCAUCAAAAGGGAGCAGUUGGGUGCCCAAAUGCUGACACGUGUAAAUUACCACAAAGGAAAGAGCAUAAAUGUGUACAUUCGGAUGCUGAGUACAGUUCUGGUCCACACAUGAUACCGUUCACAUAUCAUUUUUCCAACAACUCAUUUUGGAAUUGGGAAAUCGGAUGUUAUCAAUAAAUUUCUUAACAAUUGUU